UGGGCGCACUUUAUGAUGCGCGGGGGGAAGGGCAGGGUGCAAAACGACGUGCAUUUCCACCCACCCACCUUUAGGACAGAAAUGCAAGGACCAGAGUCCAGGUGCAUCAGCUGCAAGCGGAGCCCGGGCAGGCAGGUGUUGCACCGGCUGCCCCUGUCGGAUUUCGGCCUGUCUCUCGCACGGGAAGUCCCGGCGGGCCGCUUCUCGGCUCCUCCUCCUCCUCCUCCUCCUCGCUUCGUUUCGUUUUCGCUUUGGGGCGGGACGCGCCGGCCUCUCCCCGCCACCCCCGCCGGGCUUUCGGGGUUCGGUCCUCCUCGCCUGCCGCAGCCGGGAUCAUGGCCGACACCUUGCGCGUCUCCCCCGAGUGCGAAGCGCAGGUGGAGUCCUUCAGGAAGAACCUCUGUGCUCAGGCUGAAGAACUAGUUGCUCGGCGUUUUCCAGAAAAGAUUGCGGAGCUAAGUAAUUUUUUGAAGGACCCCGAACUGAAUGUCUCGGACCUCAUCUCGCUCCGUGCCGAGUUAGACAUCCCCGUGCCGGACCCCAAGAAGGACGAGGAACGCCGGAAGAAAAAGGAA